GGACAGAGGACCGAGCGCCUGGGACCACCGAGACCCCGCAGCGGGGUGAAGGCUCUGGGGCAGUCUGGGCGCUUGCGGCCCGCCGCCAGGUGGGCCGCGCGGGAGUCCCGGAUGAGAGUAUAGUUUUCCGGCUCCCAGGCGUCCCAUUUCCGGAGCCGCCACUUUCACUUUCUCUUCCGCCCAAGCUGCCUUCCUCAGGCCUCCAAAUGACAGGAUCAUCCCGGGUGCGCGUGGCGUGAAGCUGACUUCCCGUGCCCAGCGGGCGCCUGGGCAAGAGUGGAGGACCUUCCCCGGGGCUCCAGGGCUCCGCGGGCUCGCCCGCUCCGUUUCCUCUUUGGCCUACUGCGGGGUGGGCCUCGCGUCCCCCGCCCUCCACUGUCUCCGCCGGGCUCCCGGCGCCUUCCCUAGCCCGGGCGGGGCCCGGGAUGUGGUGCCGCCAGACUGCCGCCGGGAACUCCGCAGCGCGGGACUGAUCCGCUGCCUCUCCCAGGUGACCGGAGAUAGCGCUUUCCAGAGCUGCUGCCCCUAGGGGGAUGGGCGCGGCCAGGCCAGAUGGACGAGAAGACCAAGAAAGCGGAGGAGAUGGCCCUGAGUCUUGCCCGGGCGGUGACCGGAGGGGAUGAGCAGGCGGCUGUGAAGUGUGCCACGUGGCUGGCACAGCAGCAGGUGUCCCUGAGUGUGCAUUUGAAGCCGGAGGUCCCCCCGACACGGGACAUCAGGCUGUGUGUGCGCGUAGAAGAUGCCCACGUGCAGACUGUCACCAUCUGGCUCAUGGUACGCCCUGACAUGACAGUGGCCUCCCUCAAGGACAUGGUAUUCCUGGACUAUGGCUUCCCCCCCAGCCUGCAGCAGUGGGUGAUUGGGCAGCGGCUGGCCCGAGACCAGGAGACGCUGCACUCCCAUGGGGUGCGGCGGAAUGGGGACAGCGCCUACCUGUAUCUGCUGUCAGCCUGCAACACGUCACUGAACCCGCGGGAGGUGCAGCGCCAGCGCCAGCUCCGGAUGUUGGAAGAUCUGGGCUUCAAGGACCUCACACUGCAGCCAAGGGGCCCCCUGGAGCGGGUCCCUCCCAAGCCCGGGGCGCCCCAGGAACUUGGAGGAGCAAAGCCCAAUGGAGUGCCUGAGCCCCCACCAGUGGGCUGGCAGUGCCCUGGGUGCACCUUCAUCAACAAACCCACCCGGCCCGGCUGUGAGAUGUGCUGCUGCGCACGGCCCGAGGCCUACCAAGUGCCUGCCUCGUACCAGCCUGAUGAGGAAGAGCGGGCACGCCUGGCUGGUGAGGAGGAGGCGCUGCGUCAGUACCAGCAGAGGAAGCAGCAACAGCAGGAGGGGAACUACCUGCAGCACGUGCAGCUGGAGCAGAGGAGCCUGGUGCUGAAUGCUGAGCCCGCCGAGUGCCCUGUGUGUUACUCGGUGCUGGCGCCUGGCGAGGCCGUGGUGCUACGGGAGUGUCUGCACACCUUCUGCAGGGAGUGCCUGCAAGGCACCAUCCGCAACAGCCAGGAGGCGGAGGUCUCCUGUCCCUUCAUUGAUGACACCUACUCGUGCCCAGGCAAGCUGCUGGAGAGGGAGAUCCGGGCGCUCCUGCCCCCUGAGGAUUACCAGCGCUUCCUGGACCUGAGUGUCUCCAUUGCAGAAAACCGAAGUGCUUUCAGCUACCACUGCAAGACCCCCGACUGCAAGGGCUGGUGCUUCUUUGAGGAUGACGUCAAUGAGUUCACCUGCCCCGUGUGCUUCCGAAUCAACUGCCUGCUCUGCAAGGCCAUCCAUGAGCGCAUGAACUGUAAGGAGUAUCAGGAUGACCUGGCACUACGGGCUCAGAACGACCUGGCUGCCCGGCAGACCACAGAAAUGCUGCAGGUGAUGCUGCAGCAGGGCGAGGCCAUGCACUGCCCGCGGUGCCAGAUUGUGGUACAGAAGAAGGACGGCUGUGACUGGAUCCGCUGUACUGUCUGCCACACUGAGAUCUGCUGGGUCACCAAGGGCCCACGCUGGGGCCCCGGGGGCCCAGGGGACACCAGUGGGGGCUGCCGCUGCCGAGUGAAUGGAAUUCCUUGCCACCCAAGCUGUCAGAACUGCCACUGAGCUGAAGAUAGCUGGGUUCCCACGGACUCCCCGUUCAUAGGCAGUAGUUCAUAGGCAGGGCUGGGCGAGGGGCAUUGGGCUCUGGUUUCUGGGCUGUGAGACAUCCCUGCAGUUAGCCAACCCUGCAGUGGCCUGCCUGUGCCUGCUGUUGUGCAUCACAUCUGCCAAGCGCCUGUGCCCUUCCCCUGGGGUUUGCUGGCCAGACCUUUCUUCUGCACAGCUCUUACCCCUGCCGGACACCAUCCCUAAACACAUCCCUGGCCAGAGGGUGUGCUGCCCAAGUGUCUGCCAGCACCGUGAGACUAUACUCUCCCACCCCCUACGGCACAGCACCCUCCGCACUUCCCGGCUGGCUUCGAGGUGACUGCUGUCUUCACCGUUGGGGGCCUCAGCCUCUUGCUGCUGUGGACCUGCUCAGGGGGAGGCAGACCGGGCUGUAUGAGAGCACAGCCCACUGGGUCUGGUGCUGCAUCUCACCUGUGUAAGAUUAAAAUGGUUUUCCAGGAAA